UUCAAACUCGUGUUUCGUAUUUAUUUUUAUUGCGAUGAUUUAAUUAAUUUUGUAAAAAUAUGGCUUUUGCAGGAGGUUCUAGUAGUCUCACAGAUGAUGGAAAAGACUUAAAAUGUCCCAUUUGCUUGGAAAUUUUUGAAAAGCCUAUACAAAUUUCCUGUGGACACAGUUUCUGCAAGGACUGCAUCAUGGGCUGCCUUAGUAAAGUAUCUAUUUCACARUGUCCCGUUUGUCGGACAAGUUUUACUACUGUACAGAUGAAAAACAACACCAGACUAGCCAACCUGAUUAACUACACAUCUGAAACUUGUUCAAAGUGCAAACAAACGGUGGCAUUAUCCUCCUUUAGAAAACACAAGGACACGUGCACUGGUACCCAUGACUCCAAAAGCUGCUUGGUGUUCAAACCAGUAUUACCCACAUCCCAGCCAGAACCRAGUGCCAUUCCAAACCGUUCGACCUUCAAGUGUCCAUACUGUGGUACACCGAAUCUGGUUAGAGAAGACCUGAUAGAGCAUGUCAUUGAGAACCACAAUCAAGACGUGCAACAAGUGGUGUGUCCAAUUUGUGCUUCUAUGCCAUGGGGAAAUCCCAACCAGAAAAGUGGAAACUUCCUGCAGCACCUCAACAUGAGACAUAAGUUUGACUAUGACACAUUUGUGGAUUACAAUGACGAGGAAGAUGAAAUCUUACRAGCUGUACUAGAAAAAUCAAGAAAAGAAGUAUAAAUGUUGCACUGGCUAAGAAAAUAAAUAUUAUUUUGUAUAAAUUGAUGUGCACACUAUGAUAUGUAUAUGCACAUUUAGGAUUUAUAAAAGCUUGAAUGUAUGAAAUUUGAGGGAAAGAAAUCAAAACACAAGAACAUUA